UGCUCCUUUAACGUACAAAGGCAGGAUUUCAAGUGAAGAGAAGAAUGGGAGUCUGGCUGCAGUGUUUCCUUCACAGCUAUAACAACAGAUUGGAGGAAGCUGAGAGUUUUGGUGCCUGGAAAACUGGAUUCUAAAUCGUGAGAGGCUUUGAAACACCACCCCGCCCCCCAAAUAAAACAAAAACCUUUGACUUCUCUCAGCAGGAGGGGGAGGGAGGGCGGAUUUACCAUGAAGACAAAUCGAAGAUGCAGAGCCCUGCUAGCAGUGAGUCUGAAUCUGAUGGCUCUCCUCUUCUCCACAACAGCUUUUAUCACAACCCACUGGUGUGAGGGCACGCAGAGGGUCCCCAAGCCGAGCUGUGGGAAGGAGAAGAAGACAAACUGCCUCAACUACAGUGGGAAUGAGACUGCCAAUGAGACAAACCAGAAUGUGGUUCAUUACAGCUGGGAGACAGGAGAUGACCGCUUCCUUUUCAGGUAUUUUCACACUGGGAUCUGGUACUCCUGUGAGGAAAAUAUCAAUGCUUCUGGUGAAAAAUGUCGAAGUUUUAUUGACCUUGCUCCGGCUUCUGAAAAAGGUGUCCUGUGGCUGUCAGUAGUAUCUGAGGUGUUAUACAUCAUGCUGUUAAUCGUUGGAUUCAGCCUUAUGUGCCUUGAGCUCUUUCAUUCAAGCAGUGUAAUAGAUGGGCUCAAGUUAAAUGCCUUUGCUGCUGUCUUCACUGUGCUUUCAGGUCUCUUGGGGAUGGUGGCACACAUGAUGUAUACUCAAGUUUUCCAAGUGACAGUCAGCCUUGGGCCAGAGGACUGGAGACCUCAUUCAUGGGACUAUGGAUGGUCCUUCUGUCUGGCAUGGGGUUCUUUCACCUGCUGCAUGGCGGCCUCCGUUACUACCUUGAACUCUUACACUAAGACUGUCAUUGAGUUCAGACACAAGCGCAAAAUCUUUGAGCAGGGCUUUCGAGAAGAACAGAACUUCCUAGACCAGGAAGCCAUCAAGUACUUCAGAGAAAGGGCUUCACAACACCCAGCUGUAAAUGUCACUAGCAUUCAGAGGAACAGGAGUGAUCAUAAUGCUCAGAAAAUACCCCCAUUUGCUACGUCAAGCUCUUCCAGCAACAUAUCAAGCAGCUCUUCACUUUCAUCAGAACCAACCAGACAGAUCUCCACGGUUCAGGAUCAAACCCAGCUGGACAUCGUCUCCAUCACUAGAUUGGCCCCAGGAGAAUCACCAAGCCCCAAGACAUUUCAGCAAAGAAAUACAAAUUUAGCAAUUUCAUGUUCUGGCCCACUUGGUGCAAGGACUACUGCAGCAUCUUGCCCAUCCAGCCCCAGGCUCAGUCUAACACCCAGCUCAGCCAAGCCUCAGCAAUACUCUGACUCCUCUCCAGUCAGUCCAGGGAUCAAUGCUACUUCCUUCUAUACCUUUUGUCCUCACACAGCACACAGCUUAGAAGCUUCGGCAUCAGCUUACACACUGACCCCAACCAGGAAAAGCACAAGGCCUCCAGCAACAAUGACUCCUGAAGAUAGUUCCCAGUCUCCUGGCUCUUCUAAAACUGGAUUAAAAACUACAGGAAGGGGGUUUGAAUCAGAUCUGGAAGAUCCUGAUCAUGAAAGGAGAUUUGUAACCACAGAGGAAUUCCAAGCCAUGGAGAAAGAACUAGAAGAUGUAAAAGAAGAAUUGAAAUGCUUGAAGUGGAAAGUGAGACACAUUGGUGAGACAGUGCAGCCCCUGGCAGAAGACAGCAAGCGUUACAAUGGCUACACCCUGACAGAGCUCAAGGCAAUGGUGCAGUCUGAAGAUGAUCCUUACAAGGCUGCACACAAAAUCCUGACUGCACUUUUCAGCGAUGUGUACUUGCUACAGCACUCAGUCACUGAACAGGCAAGCAACACAAGAUCUCUGCCCAAGCCCAAAAUAGACCCAGAGUUGUACACAGUGUAUUGUGACAUUCUGAAAAGCAUAUUCCCUGGAAUUAGCAGCCAGACCUUGAGGGAAGAGACACAACAUAUACAGAAAAGCACACAGAAAGAAGUGCAAUAA